AAGGCAAACGCAAAUGCCACAACCCGCCUGCCGACUCGCCGCCGCAGCCGCAUGACAACCGCCGUCGGUCGGCCAUCCCCUGCGGUCGCCACCCUCUUCGGCCGCUGCCGCACAGCCCGCCGCAUCAUCAGCCUCGGCGAUCACAACCAUCAAACCCUCCUACCCCGCUUCGCCGCCGCCUGCAAUGCCCGCGCGUCCCCGUUCCUCUCCGCCGCGGCGGCCGCCGCCGCCAGCCGGCCAUCCCCGGCGGUCGCCACCCUCCUCGGCCGCUGCCGCACCGCGCGCUGCCUCUCCCAGCUCCACGCCCGCAUCAUCCGCCUCGGCCUCCACAGCCACCACGCCCUCCUCGCCCGCUUCGCCGCUGCCUGCGAUGCCCUCGAGUGCCCCUCCGUCGCCGCCUCGUUGGUCGCCGCGCUUCCUGACCCCUACGCCGCCCCGCUCCGCCUCCGCAACGCCGUGCUCGCGUCGCUCGCCCGCCACGCCCCGCUCCACGCCGCGCUCACGGAGUUCAACCUCCUCCGACAGGCCGCGCUCCCGGACUCCUUCUCGUUCCCUUCCCUCCUCCGAGCGUGCGCCCGCGUAUCCUGCCUCCCCGCUGGACAAGCCCUGCACGCCGCCGCUAUCCGCCUCGGCGUGCACGCCGACCUCUUCAUUCGCACGGCGCUCAUCCAGCUCUACGGCAGGUGUGGCGUGGCUGGCUCGGCCCGGGCGCUAUUUGAUCAAAUCGACAUCCCCAGUGAGGUUUCCUGGACCGCCAUUAUCGUUGCCUAUGUCAACAAUGGUGACAUCGUGACAGCCAGAGAGCUGUUUGAAAGAAUGCCUCACCGGAACGCUGUGCACUGGAAUUUGAUGGUUGAUGGUUAUGUGAAGUGUGGGGACUUGGAGGGCGCAAAGAGGCUGUUUGAUGAAAUGCCUGAGAGAACUGCCACAGCAUGUACAUCUUUGAUUGGCGGAUAUGCAAAGACAGGGAACAUGGAAAUUGCGAGGUUGUUGUUUGAUAAGUUAGAGGACCGUGAUCUGUUCUCAUGGUCAGUGAUGAUAUCAGGUUAUGCACAGAAUGGUUACCCUGGGGAGGCUUUGAGGACUUUUGAUGAGUUCCAAGGGCAAGGCAUACACCCAGACGAACUUCUUGUUGUUGGCCUGAUGUCUGCAUGCUCCCAACUAGGUAACAUCAGGUUGGCAAGGUGGAUUGAAGAUUACGUCACAAAGUACUCUAUAGAUAUGAAAAAUGCUCAUGUGUUGGCUGGUCUUGUGAACAUGAAUGCAAAGUGUGGGAACUUGGAGAGGGCUACUGUUUUGUUUGAGUCUAUGCCAGUUCGAGAUGUGUUUUCAUAUUGUUCACUGAUGCAAGGUCACUGCCUCCAUGGUUCAGCUAAUAAGGCUGUUGAACUUUUCUCUCAGAUGCUUUUGGAGGGCCUCUCCCCCGAUAAUGCUGCGUUUACAGUUGUUUUAACAGCUUGCAGUCAUGCUGGUCUAGUAGAAGAAGCGAAGAAGUUCUUUGAUAUGAUGAAGAAUGUGUACUUGAUUGUGCCAUCUGGUGAGCACUAUGGUUGCCUUGUCAGUCUUCUUGGACGUUGUGGUAUGCUAGAAGAUGCAUAUCAGCUUAUCAUGUCAAUGCCUGGGAAACCUCAUCCUGGAGCAUGGGGUGCACUAUUGGGUGGAUGCAAGCUUCACUGUAAUAUUGAGCUUGGAAAAAUUGCAGCAAAGAAACUUUUCGAAAUUGAACCGGAUAAUGCUGGAAAUUAUGUCUCCCUGUCAAAUAUGUAUGCUAACAUUGACAGGUGGGGAGAUGUUUCUGAAGUUAGGGAUGAGAUGACUGGAAAGAGAAUAACCAAAAUAGCAGGCCGUACUGUAGUUCUGCCGUGAAGCAGUGUCGACCAGAAUGGUGUAUUUAUCUUGUAUCAUGUUACUGGCCCCCACUGAAAACUUGACGAGGCUGUGAAUGAAGAAAAAAGACCUCAUGACGGUUAUGAAAUAAACAGAAAACGAGAUAUCAUACUCAAUGCAUAUGGUUGAAGUUCAUCAUAUGAUGAUAUAGACUUGCUGGUGAACAGGCUGAGUUUAUACAUUGGAGAAACUUUUUUCUCCAAUACGCUGGGGAGCUACGUACCAUUGGAUUGAGAAGAACACCAGUGUACAAAAACCAAAAGACCACCACACCAACGCAGCCAUACCAAACACACACACAUACACUCAAACCCAACCUCAUUGGUGGGGGACAUCUGGACUGAGUUAAGAGACUUCUAUUAGCUUAGUGUUCACAUUGUCCGACUCGGAGCUGGAAGGAUGCUUUGAUUUUUUGGUGAGAUCAUUCACUGUUGCCAUUGCUGAUGAAAUGGUUUCUUGUACUGUGAAAGAUCAGGGUGCUGCUGUACAAAUAUUGAAAUAUGGCCCUGAUUAAGGCGCAAAGUUUUGACAUUUGCUAUUAAGGAUGAGGGGAUUGCAGACAGUAUAUAAUAUGAGAUCUCAGAUUUACAAAUCAGUGUCACAUUUACAUAUCCUGGAUUAUGAUACACCUAAUUUCAAAUUCUUGAGAUCUUGGGGCAGCCACGACACACAUUACUUCAAAUUAUUGAGAUCUUUGGGCAAAUGUUUUACUGAUAAGUUUUUGGUUAAUGUUAUCAGUGUUAUGUGAUUAGCUGACCCAUAUCACCUCAUUGUAUCUAGAACAAUUGAGGAUGAGACAUCAAAGAUGUCCUUGCAAA